AUGUCUAAGGAAGAAGCAAAGCUAUGGGGUGGCCGUUUUACUGGUGGAACUGAUCCAUUGAUGGAGCUUUACAACGCAUCUCUGCCAUAUGACAAAAAAAUGUACAAAGUCGACCUUGAAGGCACCCGUGUCUACACCAGUGCCCUUUCUAAAGUUGGUCUGAUUACCCCAGAGGAGCUUUCGGAAAUUCAUCGCGGCCUCAAAGUGGUCGAAAAAGAGUGGGAAACCGACUCUUUUGUUGAGAAACCUGGUGAUGAAGACAUUCACACCGCUAAUGAGCGCCGUCUAGGUGAGAUCAUUGGCAAACACAUUGGCGGUAAGGUGCACACUGGACGUUCUCGUAACGAUCAAGUUGUUACAGAUAUGCGUCUUUAUGUUCGUGAGAAAUUAGAUAUUCUUUGCGAGAUCCUGUCCAACCUUAUCAAGGUUAUGACUGGCCGUGCCCGCCAAGAGAUCGACGUUCUCAUGCCUGGCUACACCCACUUGCAGCGUGCUCAGCCUAUUCGCUGGGCCCACUGGCUCUCUAUGCAUGCCACCUUUUUGAACGAUGAUUUGACUCGACUUAAGGAAAUCCGAUCCCGUGUCAGUCGUUCGCCUCUAGGAUCGGGCGCCCUGGCAGGCCACCCUUACGGCAUUGAUCGUGAGUACAUUGCCAACGAGCUUGGCUUUGAGGGUGUCAUUGGUAACUCUUUGGCUGCUGUCUCAGACCGUGAUUUUGUAAUUGAGGUCUUGUUCUGGGGGUCCUUGGUUGGAAAUCACUUGGCAAAGCUGAGUGAAGACUUGAUCAUCUACUCCUCUGCCGAGUUUGGGUUCGUGCAGCUUGCGGAUGCAUAUUCUACUGGCUCCAGCUUGAUGCCCCAGAAGAAGAAUCCGGAUUCGCUGGAGCUUCUUCGCGGUAAAUCAGGCCGUCUCUUUGGGCACCUCGCCGGAUUCAUGAUGUCUGCCAAAGCUACACCCUCCACUUACAAUAAGGAUCUUCAGGAAGAUAAAGAACCGCUAUUCGACAAUCUUCUUACCGUUGAGCACUCUUUACUCAUUGCUACUGGUGUUUUCUCUACACUCAAGAUUAAUUCUGAUAAGAUGAAAGCUGCGUUGACAAUGGACAUGCUCGCUACUGAUCUUGCAGACUACCUUGUUCGUAAAGGAGUUCCUUUCCGCGAGACUCAUCAUAUUUCGGGCGAGGCAGUUGCUCUUGCCGAGAAGGAAAACCUUGGAGGCAUUGAUCGCUUGACAAUUGAGCAAUACAAAAACAUCGACUCUCGCUUUGAGGAAGAUGUACUCAACGUGUUCGAUUUCGAGCAAAGCGUUGAGCGCCGUACUGCUAUUGGCGGCACCGCCAAGUCAGCUGUUAUUGCACAGCUCGAUUUCCUGGAUCUUCAAUGUAAUUAG